AUGAGCGUCCGAGCGUGGGGCGGGAAGCGAGCCCGGUCUCGAUCGUCUCGUCGGGACCAUGAUCAUCAGGGACCCGGAACGGAUCGAGCGGCGACGAAGCUCACCGACCUCAUCGGAAACACGCCCCUCCUGCGGAUCAACUGUCUCAGCGAGGCCACCGGGAUCGAGAUCUGGGCGAAAUGCGAGUUCUUGAAUCCAGGCGGGUCGAUCAAGGACCGGAUCGCGCUCCAAAUUGUGAGGGAGGCAGAGACGGCCGGGUUGAUUGCGCCGGACACGACGCCCCGAUGUCGGGUGUUUGAGGGGACGAGCGGGAGCACGGGGAUCAGUCUUGCCAUGGUUGCCCGGGCGAUGGGGUACGACGCAGAGAUCGUUUUGCCGGACGACACGGCGGUCGAGAAGGCCCAAUUGAUCGAGAACAUGGGCGCAACCGUCGUCAAAGUCCGUCCAGUGAGCAUCUCCAACCGGGCCCAUUACGUGAAUGUCGCGCGGGACCGGGCCCGGCAGUUUACGGCCCAACAGGGAGAAGGCAGGGCGCGGGGGCUGUUCGUGGACCAAUUCGAGAGCCCGAUGAACUGGCGGACGCAUUACGGGACGACGGGGCCGGAGAUCUGGGCCCAGACGGCCGGCAGGGUGCGUUUCUUCGUCGCCGGCGCCGGCACCGGCGGGACGAUGGCGGGGGUCGGCAAGUUCUUGAAGACGAGGGACGAGCGGGUGCAGCUGGUUGUCGCGGACCCCCCCGGCUCUGGCCUCUUCAACAAGGUCAAGCAUGGCGUCUUGUUCUCGGACACCGAAGUCGAAGGCAAGCGGCGCCGACACCAGGUCGACACAGUGGUUGAGGGGAUCGGGUCGAACCGGAUGACGGGAAACUUGGAGGAGAUCAUGGACGUAGUGGAUGAUGCGAUCAAGGUGACGGACGCAGAAGCGAUCCGGAUGUCGCGCAAGAUCCUAGAAGAAGAGGGCCUCUUUCUCGGCUCGUCGUCGGCGGUGAACCUCGUGGCCAGUCACAAGCUCGCCCAGGCCCUGAGCGCGGAUCGAGAGGCGACCGGCGCCGAGACGCCCGGCUGGAUCGUCACCAUCCUGUGCGACUCCGGCCACCGCCAUCUGUCGAAGUUCUGGAACGACCCGUUCUUGGCCCGCCACGGCUUCCUGGACUCCCCGCCGUCGCUCUCGUAG